CUUCUUGCUGCAACCCUCCCACCCUCGACCACCUCUCUGCAUCCAAACAAGUAGACAAGCUCCGCAUCCACACACGCACCAUGCUUGCCCGCCCUGCGACUGCCGUCUUCCCGCGCCUCAUGCGCGCCCGGCCCGCCGCCGCUCAAGCCUUCCACUCUUCCGCCCGCGCCUUCGUCAAGGUCGGCGAUGCCAUCCCCGACGUCACCUUGAUGGAGGGCACGCCAGGCAACAAGCUCAGCAUUGCCAAGGAGCUCAAGGGCAAGGGUCUCAUCAUUGGCGUCCCCGCCGCCUACAGCCCCGCUUGCUCCGCGUCGCACAUUCCCGGCUACAUCAAGUCGCCCAAGCUCAAGGACGCCGGUUCCGUCUUCGUCGUCUCCGUCAACGAUGCGUUUGUCAUGAAGGCCUGGGGCGACGUCCUCGACCCCUCCGGCAAGAGUGGCAUCCGCUUCAUUGCUGACCCUGCCGGCGAGUUCACCAACGCUCUUGACCUGUCCUUUGACGGCCGCGCCAUCUUCGGCAACUUGCGUAGCAAGCGCUACGCUCUCGUCGUCGAGGACGGCAAGGUCAAGGAGGCCCACGUCGAGCCCGACAACACGGGCGUCAACGUCUCCACCGCGGACAAGGUCCUUGGUUGACUUACUUAACCCCUGAUGUAUCGGGUUGCUGGAGAUAUGAAUGGGUCCAGUAGCUCGUGGCCUGACCAUCCCUUGGCCAUCAACGUCAUACUUGCGGUUAAGCCCAAACAAUACUUGUGCAAAAGGCUAAAAAAUUCAAUACUUUCCUAAAAUAUGC